AUGGUCUGCAAAAAAAAUGUCUUAAACAUUAUCCCGUGUCUCGCUUUGUACUCCACACUACUCUUUCCUCUCUCCCCUUGUCUUCUUUCCUCUCUCUCCCCUUGUCUUCUUUCCUCUCUCUCCCCUUGUCUUCUUUCCUCUCUCCCCGUCCACUUCUUUCGCUUUCUCUUUCGCGCUCUCUCUAAAUUUAUUUGUUUAUUCAUCUGUCUUCUUUUUCUAUUUUUUAUUUUUUUUCUUCUUUUUUCUUCUCCUUUUUCGUCUUUUUUCUUCUCAUUUUUUCUUCUUUUUUGUCUUUUCGUCUUUUCUCUUUUUUCGUCUUUUUUUCUUUUUCGUCAUUUUUAUUCUCCUUUUUCUUCUUUUUUUUCUUCUCCUUUUUCUUUUUUUCUUCUCCAUUUUCGUCUUUUUUUCUUCUUCUUUUUCGUCUUUUUCUCCUUCUUUUUCGUCUUUUUCUCCUUCUUUUUCGUCUUUUUUCUCCUUCUUUUUCGUCUUUUUUUCUUCUUUUUCGUCUUUUAUUUUCAUUUCCUUUUCGUCUUUUAUUUUCAUUUCCCUUUCGUCUUAUUUUCAUUUCCUUUUUCGUCUUUUUUUUCAUUUCCUUUUUCGUCUUUUUUUUUCAUUUCCUUUUUCGUCUUUUUUUCUUCAUUUCCUCUUUCGUCUUUUUUUUCUUCAUUUCCUCUUUCGUCUUUUUUUUUCUUCAUUUCGUCCUUUUUUUUCAUUUACUUUUUCGUCUUUUUUUUCAUUUCCUUUUUCGUCUUUUCUUUUUUUCAUUUCCUUUUUCGUCUUUUCUUUUUUUCAUUUCCUUUUUCGUCUUUUUCUUUUUUUCAUUUCCUUUUUCGUCUUUUUCUUUUUUUCAUUUCCUUUUUCGUCUUUUUCUUUUUUUCAUUUCCUUUUUUGUCUUUUUCUUUUUUUCAUUUCCUUUUUUGUCUUUUUCUUUUUUUCUUUUUCCUUUUUCGUCUUUUUCUUUUUUUCUUUUUCCUUUUUCGUCUUUUUUUUUUCUUUUUCCUUUUUCGUCUUUUUUUUUUCUUUUUCCCUUUUUCGUCUUUUUUUUUCUUUUUCCCUUUUUCGUCUUUUUUUUCUUUUUCCCUUUUUCCCUUUUUCGUCUUUUUUUUCUUUUUCCCUUUUUCGUCUUUUUUUUCUUUUUCCCUUUUUCGUCUUUUUUUUCUUUUUCCUUUUUUCUCCCUUCCUUGUUCGUCUUUUUACUUCUUCUCCUUUUUCGUCUUUUUACUUCUUCUCCUUUUUCGUCUUUUUACUUCCUCUUCUUUUUCGUCUUUUUUUAAUUUCCUCUUCUUUUUCUUCUCUUUUCUCUUCCUCUCUUUUUUCUUUUUUCCUUUCUUUUUUCUUCUUUUUUUUCGUCUCCUUUCUUUUUUCCUAUUCUUUUCUACUUUUUUCUUCUCUUUCUCUUCCCCUUUUUCUCUCUUUUCCCUUUUCUGCACUCGAUAA